AUGGAGGAAGCGGGCGGCCGGAGGCGUGCGCUGCGGCGCUCGACUCAAGCAGUUCAGAGGGGAAGAUACCAGGAUCCGUAUGCGCUCGGGGUUCAAAGGCCGGCCUGGGUUCACCCAGACCCGGUCUUUGACCCCGGCGCGGCUCGUUGGGCGUCCUUCCCAACCAUUCCCCUGGACCAGCGCGGUCCGGGGGACGAGUAUGUGGAGGCAAGAGACCAGGGCGAGCUGGACGCCUGGCUGCGGGAGCAGAACCCCUCCCCCGAGCACUUCAGUGACAACGAGGAGGAGGAGGAGGAUGAGAGGCCGGUGGGCGUGCGUGAGGCUAAGGGCGAGGGCGAGGGCGAGGACGAGGGGACAAGCAUGGACUGGGGCAGCCCAGAGCCUGGGGAGGUUGAGCCCAUUGCCUGGGCUCACCUCGGCCACGGCGCCCAAUGGGUCUUGCUGGAGGUCAUCUGUGAAUCAGAGACUUUUGCUUCGGCAACCCGGGCUCUGGGCCUCACCACUCCAGAGGUCAUUGACUUUGUUGUGGUCUAUAUCCAGUACCACCGCCAGGUCCAGGAGUGGGCGGAGAUGUGCGACAAGAUGCACGCCUCUGAACUCCUCGGCCUGAUCCAUGGCCAAGUGCCCCCGAGAGACGGCAUGAAUGUUCUGCACCAGCCGGAUCUUCCCACUCACACCAUCAAGCCCAAUGAGUACGAGAAGGCCUGCCAGUACUUGCGCCAAAUUGGAUUAGGCGAGUGCAUUCAAGCACUUGAGAAGUGCCGAGGGAUAUCAGAGGGCUUCCUUCAGAUUCCCAUCGAGCGAGAGAUUCUGGCCUCCUGCAUUGCCAUCCUCGAGAAAGGCAAGAGUGGUUCGGAUUUGCACGACAUCGACAUUCCUCGUUACAAUGGACUGCAACCUUUGCACAAUCAGUUCGACGAGAAGCACUACGAAUUGGUGAACCUGGUGAUGCAUAUUCAAGCAUACCUCCCUCACUUGGAUCUUACGAAGGGCAGCCAGGCGAGCACAUCGUCUGCAACCAAUCCGACAGAGCAGCACGACCCUCCUGCAUCAGAGUCAGCGAGUGAGCCUCACAAUGCCGGACAAGUAUACACUCAGAACAACCCAAUGUUUGGCAAGAACAACCAGUUCGCAUGGGUCUUUGAUAACUUGGACAUGAACGAGCUUUACAAUCCCACCGAAGUCCACAAGUAUCGCAACCGUCCCACUGUCUCGUAUGAGAGCUCCCAGUCUGCUGCCGAUGGCAACCCUGAGGUCACUCAGGUGCAGGAGCAUGGUCAAUAUGAGGAGCACCCGCUUCUCGGUGAUCAAGUAUUCGACGAGGCAUCCCACGAGGCUCAAGACAACAAUCUGCCGACUGUUCCCUUAUUUCCUUUUGAAGGACUCCUACCCGAGGCAGAGGAGCUUAUGCCCUGCCCUUUCUUCGCAGAGCCAGAGCUGCCCGUGGACCAUACCCGCAACUUUACGAACCCGCCUCUCCCCGUAUUGCAGGCUCAUACUGAUGGCCAGUUGAUUCCACAGAGCGCAAGCUCGGCGGUGCCUCAGCCCUUCAUUUCUUAUAUAGAUGAGGUGGACCCCAACAGGAAGCCUUCGGACUUACCUGCCUACGAAUAUUUCCAGUCAGCUGAUUACAAGCAACAUCUCUACAGCGGAAAGCCCGAUUGGUACGUCGAUGAGAUGUUACUUCCAGUUGUCCGACCGGAGAUGCCAGCUAUCCAGGCGACCUCUCAUCAGAGUGUUGCUCAGGAGGCCAGUCAUCAGGAGGGCAACCUUGAGGCGGACGCGAAUAUCGACUCGAAUGCCAACUCAAACGCGACCUCCAUCGCCAACCCUCACGCCAACUCGAAUGCCGACGCGAACGCGAACCAGAGCACCAACCCGAACACAAACUCGAACAUGGACCUUUCGCAUCCGAUGUCGAGCACCGAUACGUCAGAAGUCCCUGGCGUAUCUGAAGUCUCUGGCGCACCUGCGAUAUCUGGAGCCUCUGCGGUCUCUCAAGCCCCCAAUCUCUUCGAAGCCCCCAGAUUUUCUGCAGUCCCCAAUAUUCCCCAGAGCUCUACAUUCGCUGAGGCGUCCAAGAUAUCUAGAGUCCCUGGAAGCUCUAAGAUAUCUGCAGCAUCCACAGCAAAAGAGCCUCGCUUCGCCUUGAAGGCUCCCAUGCUUCCAGACCAAGAAGAAAUCACUUUCUACAAUACCCCUGCGUUUGUCGUCAGAGGCUCGCGCCCGCGCACUGUCAUCGAUCUGACUGAUGAUUCUGCUAGAGGUAUGGCUGGUACUCCUGCGAGACCUAUGAUCAAUACCCCAGCGAGACCCGUGGUCGCUCCUCCAUCGAGACAGACCAACACAGCCCGAACUCCGGCUAUGCGCAUGGAUAGUCCCGAGGCUCCAUACACCAAGACCUCUACCAAGCCAACCCGCAAGCGCGCGGCUGAUGAUAGCGAUGGUGACUACGUUCCCAAGCCCAAGAGAGCCCGCCCUUCAAAGAAGGCUGCGGCCGUUCCGCAGACUCUGCCUCAGCCGCAGGUGAUGGGUCCUGAUGGAGUACUCAUACCCAUCAAGCGUGGCCGAGGACGUCCUCGCAAGUAUCACAGACCUGAGGACAUCGCCGCCGCGCAGGCAGCUGCGAAUCAAGCUGCUGCGAACCAGACUGCUGCGAACCAGACCGCUGCGAACCAGACUGCUGCGAACCAAGCCACGGCGAACCAAGCUACGAACCAGGCGACGGCUAUGCAGACCCCCGCGAACAGUUCUCCCGUUCUGAACGCUGCUACACCUCCGGCGAGCAACCCAGUUCUUGGCACCGAGCCAAUGCUCCCGCAGGCGGCCAAAGUUACCGCGCCGACUCGGAGACGUCGAAGCAAACCCAAGACGAACCAGUCCACUGAGGGCAGCCGUCAAGCUAGCGUUGAUCAGCCUCAUAUGCAGAGAAUUUCCCAGUACCAGGACAGAAUGACGCCAGUCUCGAGAUACAGCAACGAGCCUCAGAACUCAUACACCGACUUCAGAGCUGACGUUCGUCAAACGACAAGCUACGAGCGAAUGCCCGCGUCUUUCAUUUCUGAGAUUCGGCCGUCUGGUACUGAUUUGAGUCAAUCCUCGCUUCCUGGAGCCUAUGAGCCUUUUAACUCGUACGAUUCUCUGGCGCCCGACUUCAGAAUUGGUGGUGUUCGUCAGCCGAUAAGCUACGAGCGUACGCCUCAUCAUUCUUCUUUCGGCACACGUCCAUCUGCUGCUGAGCCGCGUCAGUCGUCGACUCCUAGAGCCUAUCAGCCUUCGAACUCAUACACUGCUAUGGAGACCGCAUCCACAGAGUAUGGUCGUCGUCAGCAAGAAAUUCAACAGCGUAUGCCCACACAUUCUGCCCCACGCAUGCAGUCGUCAGCUAGUGAGCUGCGUCAAUCCUCGGUCCCUAGUCCCUAUUCGAAUCCGAACCCAUUCUCUGCUUUAGAGACCGAUUUCACAACUCACGGUCGUCAGCCGGGAAACCAAGAGCGUAUGCCCACGUCAUCAACUUCUACGACGCAGCCGUCUGCUACUGACUUGCGUCAAUCAUCGCUUCCUGGAGCCUAUCCUCGCCCUCUGGCACCUACACCUCAACCCGACAUCGAGAUCCUAGAGCCCUCCAUGCCAGCGGUAGCGCCCGCUAUGAACCGCUCGUCUUUCCAGCAAGCAUCGGAUCAUACUGCCUCAAGCAACUCUUCGAGCCAAGUCGAUCCCAAGGCCCCGGGACCUCCUGUUCAGGACAAGCUUGGCAGGUUGUUCCCUCCUCAGUAUAAGACAUACGAGGAGUUCUGGGUGAGUGUUCCCGAUGGCGCGGACUAUGCCUUGAAGAUGAUCGAGAAGGGGUGGCCUUCUCACAUCGCUAUGCAGCUUGCCCGAGAGCGUAUAGCUAUGAACAUGGCUUCGUGGCCUAACAGCAUCUACUCGCUUCACUACAAGCCGAAUGCGGCGCCAACCCCGUUCCCGGGUGUUACCGCUAGCAUUCGUAGAGAGAUUGAAGCUGAGAAGGCCGCCGCUGCUCAGAAGCGCAAGGACAACGACCAGGCAGACAAGUGA